AUGUUACCCAAGGAUCUAUCGCAAAGGAUUGCUGAUAAAUAUGCCACUGCUGUGGAUAACGGUCAUGUUAAAUUUACCCAGUCUUCGACAAAGAAAGUGAAGGAUACUGUAAGUGGUAUGCCAUAUGUUUUAAGUUAUGCGCCCAGUUUGCUGGAUAAGCCUGAGCGUGGUGAUGACCCUGAACGGAACCCCUUUGGUCAGCCAGAGCCUGAGCUUACUGUCCUGGAGGAUGUCGCUGACGGGGAGUACAGGCUACUGUUGAACAAGUUCCCUGUUGUAGCGGAACACACGUUACUCGUCACCAAGGAGGUCAAACAGCAACAGAGCCCACUGAGUCCAAUUGAUCUUAUGACGGCUUACAGAAUCUUGGACAGAUUGGAUGACGAGGAUGAAAAUGUUAGACAUAUGGCAUUCUAUAACUGUGGCCCAUCAAGCGGUUCUUCGCAGGACCACAAACAUUUACAAAUCUUGAGAUUACCUCAAAAUUUUUUGACUUUGCAGGACAAAUUGUGUGCUGGUAAGUCCCAUUUUUUGCCUAAUUUCAAGACCGAGCCAUUGCAGGAUAACAAAGUAUCAUUUGCUCACUUUGUCUUGCCCUUACCGGAGUCCAAGGAAGAGGUAGAUGAGGAGCUUUUGACAAUGUCUUACGUCUCUCUGCUCCAAAGAGCCCUCACGUUUUUCCAGGAUUGGCUCGGCGAGAGACCCGCACUGCAGAACAACAUGGGCUACAAUUUCCUAUUGACUAAGAAUUGGAUAUGUGUCGUCCCACGUUCCAGUACAAAGGCGAGCUCAAUUGACAUUGGAUUCAACGCCACGGGUUUCGCUGGUCUUAUCCUUGUCAAAAAAGAAGAUAUCUACAAUAAGAUCCAGGAAGAUUCGAAUAUUAUAAACACGGCGCUAUUGGAAUGUGGCUUCCCCAACACAGCAGGUGUCAAAUCAAACGAGUACAAUUACUAG